AUGGCGACGCUCACAACGUCAAGCAAAAGACCGUACCAUAUUAUAGUGUUCGGAGCGAGCGGUUUUACCGGCCAGUUUGUAGUGGAGGAGGUUACGCGGACGUGUAACGAGGGUCCAGGAGGGACGUUUCAAUGGGCUGUAGCCGGACGAAACCGCGACCGACUGGAAAAAACACUCCUUCAGGCAGCUGACGCUCUGUCAUCGAGCAUUUCAGAUCAGUGGGCAGUGGAGUUUCUUCAUCUGGAGAAGCUGUAUCAUGAAAGACUGCUGUCUAAUCUGGCCUCCAUACAAGAGAAAUGGGAGUCCCAGAGGACAAUCAGCGUCCAAACUGAAAGUAACCCGAAUGGAACUGACAGAGAGAGAGAGCAUAUGGAACUGUUGAGUCAUAUCUGCAAAACACACCAGAGACCUAACCUCUCUUUGGAAAAGAACAUGGACGACAUAAGACUUCACAACAGCCCAACCCUUGUGUCAGAACACAGAAGAUCAAAAUCAGAACAAGCUUCAGUGAACUCAACCGAGAGAGAAACCCGGGCAGAUGACUGCUCAUGGCUGGGAGCUGAACAGGAGCCAGAAGAGGACUGUGAAUUGAAUGAGGAGGAGGAAGAGGACGAGGAAGGUCUUGAGGAGGAUGAGUGCUGGAAUGAGGAGCUGCAGGAUGACACAGUCGUUGAUGGCCAGGUUCCUGUGGAUGAGCUGGCCAACCAUAUUCAGAGAUUUUCCUCAAAUGGCUUAGUCUCCAUUUUAAAGAAGAGAGUCUACGAGAAUGGCUUGCCACUAAAAGACUCAACCAUAUGCAGAGUCCGCUUUAGAGAGCCAGAUGAUACUUCCGAUCAAGAUGAGUCGGCCAGAAACUCUUGCCUCAUCCUUCUCAUCUUGUGUCUGGUUACCGUGGUGAUUAGCAUGUGUGGGACUGCUCUUUAUUGUCUCGUUGGAGAGGCGUACUCAAAUGUGUGUGUCGACUUCUCACAAAACGUGGACUUUUACUUUGGACCUUUACGACGAGGAGUGGACGCUCUCGCACAGUGGCUCUCUUCUGAUGGAUCAUAGCAGCUAUUUAAUGCUAGCUUAACUGGAACUCUUUCUUUAUAUUAUCAUUUCUGAUGAUAAACAAUAGUUUUUCUCUUGAGAUAAUAUGCACUAAUGCACAUUACCAGACUGGCCUUAAUAAAUACUGCUUUAGUGAGUCUAUACAAAUUACACAGGGCUUCCUAAUGCAUAAAUUAAUUUGUAUAAAAUAUUUAAUAUUGGUACAAAAACCUGAAUAUUACAGAUAAUCCUAAUAUACCACUUAUUACAGAUAGUUUUAAUAUACCACUGCCAUUCUUCGAAUCAGUAACUGUAACAUUGAAAUAACUGCUUUUGGAGCCAGUAAUUUUGUUUUUUGUACAUUUUAGUACUCCAAGACACUACAUGCCACAAUUAUCUUUGUAUUUAUGUUUUUAUUUUGACUUGGCACAUUUCUUUGGCGCUAUAAUCACUGAAAUUCAUACAGUAUGAACAAAAAUAAGCAUAAAUUGGUGGAUGUUAAAGGAAUAGUUCACUCAAAAAUACUUCAUCAGAAUAGAU